UCUCUCUCUCUCUCUCACCCCCUCUCUCACCCCCUCUUUCUCUACCUGUGGAAGCUGGGUUUUCAACAAGAGGGAGAGGGAGAGAAAGGGGAGGAGAGUGAGCAAGAGAGACAGAAAGCUUAUUUUGUAUUGACAGAUCAGUCAGUUUUGGGGUGUAGAGGUACUUUUAUUGUUGAAUAUCCUGUGGUUUCCUGUCAAUAGGAAGUGCCAAAAGACUCCUUUUCCCGAGUAGAAGAGUUAAGGACCUCACUGAAGCCACCCCAAAACAUCUGGAGGAGCAGAGGAUAAGUUGAGGAGCCUGAAGAGAAAUGAGCAGAAAAGAGAAGACCAGAAAGGAGGGAUGCCUGAUAUGUAAACAGAGUUGCCUUGGAUACCAGCAACACCUCUGGAGGAAGGUGUGUGGGUGCGGCUGUAGUUGGGCAGACCACACCCCCAGCUGUGAUGCUGAGGACGACCAACGAAUGGGACGCCUGCUGGCCGACUCGCCCUGCUCUCAUUUGACGACCAAGGUGAAAGGGGGCGGCGGCCUGCGUGUGUACAAGAGGAACCGGAUGAUUGUGACCAAUCCCGAUGCAACACGUAAAGACCCCACCUUCGAGACCACCACCUACACCUGGUGCCCUGCGGGAGUCAGCCAGACCCUGGCCCUCCAGUACAUGACGUUGUUCCCAGAGGCACUAGGGGCCCAGUGGGGAGAGGAGGGCUCCCUGGCCCGCAGGAGGCGCCUCCAGGAUCAGCUCCCCCCCUACGACGUGGACCCCAUGCUCUGCAAGGGCCUGCUCUCCGACCAAGAGAUCUCCACCAUGCUGCUGUUUGUCAGGGGCUACAAACAGGAAGUCCUCGGGGUGGGGGAGGUGGCCUUGGCUGGAGGGGCCGACACUCUGGUGGAAGCUGCCACUCAGCGAGGGGCAAAGGAGGCCAAGGAGAAGGAGAGCAGCGAUGGGAUGGCUGAAGAAACUCAACAUGUGUGUGCAGGGUGUGGUGAGGGGGUUGCAGCCGACAGCCCAGCUGUUUUUGCCGAGCGUGCCGGUUACCAUAGCAACCUGUGGCACCCUACCUGCUUCUGCUGCUCAGAGUGUUGUCAGGGGCUGGUGGAUCUGGUGUACUUCUGGUCCAACGACAAGCUGCUCUGUGGUCGACACUUCUGUCAGACAAAGUGGCCACGCUGCUCUGGGUGUGACGAGUUGAUCUUCAGUCCGUCAUUCCGGACGGGGUCAGACGGACGGACAUUUCAUCACCAUCACUACUGCUGCUGGCGCUGUGGAACCGACCUGGACACACCCUGUGCCUGCUAGAUCCUAGAUACUCCCUGUUAGAACCCUGACAUACCCCAACACCUUGAACCCCUAGAUACUCCCUGUUAGAACCCUGACAUACACCCUAUUAGAGCCUAGAUACACCGUUAGAACCCCUAAACACACCCUAUUAGAGCCUAAACACACCCUGUUAGAGCCUAAACACACCCUAUUAGAGCCUAAAUACACCCUAUUAGAGCCUAAAUACACCCUAUUAGAGCCUAAUCACACCCUAUUAGAGCCUAAACACACCCUAUUAGAGCCUAAAUACACCCUAUUAGAGCCUAAACACACCCUGUUGCAACAAAUGAAGAGAAUAACAACAUGGAUGCAGUACCAGGGGUGUACUGAAGGAGCCCUACAUGGAGGAACCUCUCGUUUUCAACAUUCUCCAAGUGCAAAUAUCAGGCUGUGUUCGUAUCGGUUCACUUCUUCCUAAACGCUGGGCUCGUCAUGCGUUCUUGUUCAUUUGGCAGGCUGAACCUGGCAACCCCGCGUGAGCUUCAAGUCUGGGAGUAGAGGGCGGGCAGAUACAACUCUCCAAUAUGGAAUAUGGCCAGGACCACACUUCCCAUUUUAAGGGCUGGGUGUCAAUGUCAGAUAUUUCUCCUGGAAGUGCCCUAUAUAGGGAUAUAGUGCAAUACUCAAUACACUACAACAUGCCCUAAAUAGUUUACUAUAUAGGGCACAAGUGGACCGAUUGGGGCUAAGCCAGGGUUUGUAUUAGCGUAAUUUUGUCCAAGUACUCUCUCCCUUUCUACUGUUCUCCUUUCCCAUCUGUACCUCUCCUAUCCUCCUGAUUAUUUCGGAAGUACAUUUAAGAGUUAAUGUUAAAUUGUUGUUUUAUGUGGUACUAAUUCUAGCUGUUAUCAGCAUAGUGUUGUGUGGAAAACUGCAAUACUGGAAUAUUUUGGUUUUGUUUUGUAAAUAACAUUAGGCACCAGUGAUGUCAGAACAUCCUUGCUAUUAAUAAGUGUCCCCUUAUAUUCUCACUGUUGAUUCUCUUCAGAUAUAAAACCUUUCAA